AUGUUAGAUACUAUUUUGGUUCUUGAACUAUUAGAAAAAGCCACUAUACAUCUUUCUGCAUUAUCAUAUCCAACUUUGGGUGAUAUUUGGUUUAUCUUUGAAGGAAUUUAUAUACACCUAGAAAAUUUUAAUAAAAAAGAUAAUUUUACACAAUGCGAAUUAGCUGAGUCAACAUUACAAAAACUUUCCGAAUAUCAAGACAUAAUAGAUCAAUCUUUGAUUACUUCAGCAGUCUUAGACCCUCGCAUUAAGCUUUCAAUUUUUUUAACUCAAUUAAUACAAAAUGCACAUAACCAAAUUAAAACUGUUUUUGAAGAAUAUUUAAAUAAUUCACUUAAUACAACUACAUUACCUACUAAUAAGCUGAGUUCUAAUAUUAGCAAUACUCGACAAUACUUUUAA